AUGCUACUUUACCUUCUCUUCACUUCCCUGGCCUUUAGUUCCUUAGUACUUGGAGAUGCCCACCUGUCAAAAGCACCAACAAGCCCCUAUUGCAAGGGAGAAUGCCAGAAGAACUUUACCAUGGGCUGGGAGAUAGAUGCUGGUAAUUGGGUAGCAGCCAACCUCAGCCAUGAUCCAUUCUGGCAUCUUCCGCAUAAUAUCUCGACAGCCAAACCUGGUGAUAUCCUGCGAUGGCAAGACAUCGAUGCUACGACUGCCAGCACGAAUUGGACCAUUCCUGCUGGCGCGGCCCUCUCACGAUUUCAGUAUACCAGCGAGGAUGCUGAUGGGAAGGUUGUUGCUGCGAGCGCAUUCCUUCUUAUCCCAUAUGCGCCUCCGAAUGAUGCCAAAAAGUUGAGGACAUUGGUAUGGACACACGGCACUGCUGGUGUCGUCCCUAUCUGCGCACCCACGAACCACAAAAAUCUGUAUUAUGACUGGCAAGCACCAUACUCUUUUGUGCAGCUCGGCUACGCUGGCCUUGGAAGCACCACGCCUAAAGGAUUCCAAUACGUAGCAGGCUGGACUCAUGCUGCUGAUGUGGCAUUCAGCGUUAUCGCUGCCAAGAGGAGGAUAGGGGCACUUCUCUCUCACGAAUGGGUGACUGUCGGCCAGAGUGAAGGCGGAAUGACUGCUUGGCGUGUCAACCAGAAACUGGCGCUGUCUGGCCAAGAUGGUCUCAACAAGGCCGGCAAGUUCCUUGGUUCAGUCGCCAUCGCCCCGGCCAACCGCCCAACCGAUCUCAUCGACUAUCUGAACAGCAUGCCUGUUUCAGCGGAUGGUUCUUCCUACGGACUUACGGCGUAUCUCCUACCCAAUAUCGCCAAUCUCUAUCCCGAGCUACAUGCUGAGGACUAUCUGACCAAGACUGCUAUUGGACGUCUCACUCUCAUGCGGCGGAGCUGUACGUACGGUGGUUUCUACGCCACAGGGAACAUGGCUAACGAAGAGUUCUAUAAGAACUCUUCGUGGACUAAACAUCCUGCAGUUGCGGCAUGGCGAAAGACGUACAUGGGAGAAGGUCACUGGAAGCUGGCGGCGCCCUUGAUGGUGAUUCAGGGGGCUGACGAUGGAGUUGUUCCUAUCAAGUUUACUGUUGAGGAUUAUAAAAGGACUUGCAAAGAAGAGCCUGACUCUUCAAUCAAGUUCUUGGCAUACGCGGGCCAGAACCAUGACAGUGUUACCAACUCUGCUCAGGCUGACUACAUGUCAUGGGUCAACGAUCUAUUCAAUGGAAAGAAGAUGAAGAAGGGCUGCUCCCGUGUGGAUAUUCGUCCUUUGACAGAUCGGUUUCAACCAGUGGCCAUCCAAUACAUCGCUAAUAUGUAA